AUGCAACGACUGCUCCCCCGGCGAGCUCUAGCCGGUAGCCUACAAUGCAUCGCUGCGACUAGUACACGCAGGCACUGGGCGGCGCAGGCUGCAAGAUCCUUCUCUUUGACAGCACCGAAAUGGGAUAUUGAGGAGAAGGAAAGGAGGUGGUCUACUCCUUUAGCAAGGCAGCUGGCCGAGGCCAUUGCAGCUACCGGCCCUGUACCACUUGCAAGUUACAUGCGCAUGUGUCUGACGGGCGAUAUCAACGGAUACUAUACCGGUUUAGCCGAGGAAAAUAGAGAUCAGUUUGGGCUAAAGGGAGACUUUGUUACCUCUCCUGAGAUCUCCCAAAUAUUUGGCGAGUUGGUCGGUAUUUGGUUUGUCGCGGAAUGGCUAAGCCAAGGAAAGCCAAGGAGGGGCGUCGAGCUCAUUGAAGUCGGCCCAGGGCGUGGCACUUUGAUGGAUGAUAUCCUUCGGACGAUCCAGAACUUCAAGGACUUGGCCUUAAGUAUCGACGCUAUUUAUAUGGUGGAGGCUAGUCCACAGCUGCGGGAGGCCCAGAGGAACCUACUAUGUGGCCCUGAUGCCCCUUUGACCGAGUCUAAGGUUGGUUAUCACAGCGUUUGCAAGUAUACCAAUUUGCCUAUUGUCUGGACUGAAACCAUACAAUCUAUCCCAAGAGACCCUGAAAAGAUGCCUUUCAUUGUGGCACAUGAGUUCUUUGAUGCUCUCCCUAUCCAUGCUUUCCAGGCCGUGACAACCCAGCCUCCUACUCCCGAAUCUGCAACAGCUGAUGCCUCGCCGGCCGCUUCCGCACAGGAACCUGGGAAGCCUAAAGUCGAGUGGCGGGAGAUGCUGGUAUCACCGACACCGCCAGACGCCACCCAUGCGACUAUGAAUAUCCCCAAGUCAGAACAGGGAGACCCCAUCCCUGACUUCCAGAUGACCCUAUCCUCAGGCCCAACACGUCACUCAAAGUUCCUUCCAGAGACUUCUUCUCGCUAUAGCCGCCUCAAAUAUGUCCCCGAUGCCGUGGCGGAAAUAUGCCCCGACGCUUCGCUCUAUGCGGCCGACUUCGCGAGUCGCAUUGGGGGAUCAAAACAACACCCCAAAGCUCGCCCUUCCGGUGCUGCACUCAUUCUCGACUACGGCACGACUGACACUGUCCCUACUAACUCGCUACGCGGCAUUCGACGCCACCGUCGUGUCAGCCCUUUCUCCGAGCCUGGUCUCGUCGAUCUCAGCGUCGAUGUGGAUUUCACAGGCAUCGCUGAAGCUGCGACACGCUCAAGCGAAGGAGUUGAAGUUCAUGGCCCUGUUGAUCAAGGUGCCUUCUUAUGGCAAAUGGGUAUCAAGGAACGAGCCGAGGUGCUCAUCAAGCAAGCUAAGGCAAAGGCGGCCGCCGACAAAGCCCAUGAUAUUGAGAGGGCUUGGAGACGCCUCGUUGACCGAGGCCCUAAUGGAAUGGGAAAGGUUUACAAGGCCAUGGCGAUUUUGCCUGAGAACCAAGGCAGGAGACGGCCAGUUGGCUUUGGCGGCGAUUUGUAA